AUGACUUCAUAUCCAAGUUUCUUCAAUUCUUUCUUUUUUUUUUUUUCUUUUGAUUUUCCUUUUCCACAUAAGUGUUUUUCUCUUUUAACAUCUUUUUCCACUUUUUUCUUCUUUUUAUUCUUUCUGGCUUUUUUCUCUUACUUUUUCUCCUUCACUCAUCUGUUUUAUAUCUUUUUCUUCUUAUUUUUGUAUUCUUUUUCUCUUUUUUCUUGUUUCUCUUUUUUUUUUCUUUUUCCUUCUUUUUUUUGCUUUUUUUUCUACUUUUUUCUCUUGCUUUUCUUUAUUCACACACCGUCCUGGUAUAUUUUUUUUAUCUUUUUCUUCUUGUUUUUCUCUUUUUGUCUUGUUUUUCUUCUUUUCUUUUUCUCCUUUUUUUCUUGCUUUUCUUUUUGCAUUUUCUCUUUCUUUUCCUCCUUCACUCAGAUUUUCUUGUUUUUCUUUGUUUCUUUCUUCAUUUUUCUUUUCUUUUUCCUCCUCCACUCAGGUAUGUUUUUUUUCUUUUUUUCUUGUUUUUCUCUUUUUUCUUUCUUUUUUAUCUUCUUGUUUUUUUUUUCUGAUUUUUCUUUUCUAGUUUUUAUUUAUUUUUCUAUUUUUUGUUUUUCUUAUUUUCUUUUCUAG